GCUACUGUUAAACAUGUGAUUAUGUUUUGGUCUGAAUAAAUUGCUUUAAAAUAAUUUAUAAAGUUACCACUUUUUUCAACGAUUAAUAUGUCUGUCAAAUAUCUGUUUAGCAAUCGGCAAAAGUCAAUUAUUACUCCUUUAUUUCAGUCAAUCAUACGAUCAUGUUAUGUCUAUCCCACUGACACAAGUGAAGGAAAUUUUGAGAAAAAACACUUUGCCAAUCGAAUGAAGAAUGAACCGAUUUCACAGAAACGUGCUCGUUUACUUUAUCAAAGCCGAAAGAGAGGUAUGCUUGAAAACGAUUUAUUGUUGUCUACAUUUGCCAAAAAAUAUCUCGAUUCAAUGUCUCAUGAAGAAUUGGAACUGUACGAUUGCUUAAUCAAUACCGUUUCUAAUGAUUGGGAUCUAUACUAUUGGGCAAUAGGUUCAAAAGAAAUUCCUGAAGAAUAUCGAAAUCCAAUCAUGGAAAAAUUCAGUGAACAUGUCAGAAAUACGAAUCCUGCUUAUACAAGUCGUUAUGCCGAUUAUGAACAUAUACAAGUGACUGCACCACAUGAUCAUAUAUUGCAUGUUGAACUUAAUCGACCGGACAGACGUAAUGCCAUCAAUCGGGAUAUGUUUCGUGAGAUAUCUGAAUGUUUCUCUGAUAUUGCCGCUGAUCAACAAUGUCGUGCAGUAGUCAUUUCUGGUACUGGUAAAAUGUUCUGUUCUGGUAUCGAUUAUAUUGACAUGGUGGAACAGAUGACAUCAAUGAAUUCCGGUAGUGAUGCUGGUGGUCGUGAAGAUGUUGCUGCACGUGCAAAAUACAUUCGUAAGACAAUCAUUUUGCUACAAAAUUCAUUCAACAGUAUCGUCAAGUGCCCAAAACCGGUGAUUGCAGCUAUCCAUUCUGGCUGUAUUGGAGCCGGUGUCGAUUUGAUUAGCGCAACGGAUAUUCGAUAUGGAUCAAAAGAUGCUUAUUUCUCCAUACGUGAAGUUGCAGUCGGUUUAGCUGCUGAUCUUGGCACAUUACAACGUAUGCCAAAAUUGGUUGGUAACGAUAGUGUUAUGCGUGAAUUGGCCUACACUGCCCGAGAUAUGCAAGCCGAUGAAGCCAAAGAGAUUGGUCUAUUGGGCAAAGUUUUCAAUGAUUCGAAUAGCUGCAUACAGGGCGCCAUUGAUUUAGCUCGUACCAUUGCAUCACGAUCACCUGUUGCUGUGCAAGGUACGAAAGUUUCAUUGAAUUAUUCUCGUGAUCAUUCAGAAAAGGAUGGCCUAGAAUUCAUGCAAAUAUGGAACAUGUGUAUGCUUCAAUCGGAAGAUUUCAUUAUUGCUAGUUCAUCACAAGUAUCUAAAUCUGAUGAACCACCACCGUUUGCCGAUUUCUAAAUCGUUAAAUAAAAAGUGAAUGAAAAAAAUCCUAUUCCUUUAUUAUAAAAUCAA